AUGCGUUCUUCGGCCAAAGUCAUUGGGCGGCCAACAGCAUCUCCCUACGAGACUACUACCCCCCAUCCAUGGGCCAAAUUAGAAGAGUGUGAAUCUUUGGCCAGAGCUAUCAACGCACGACGGACACCUACAUGGCCCUCGCCUCUCACCGGCGAUGUGCCGCGGAAGGAAAUAACUGAUACUCUCAUUGCGUACUACUUAAGUUCGACAGACGCUAUCUACCGUAUUUUACAUAUACCGACAUUUUACCGGGACUAUGAAGCACUGUGGGUGAUGGGCGCUACACCAAAUGCGUCCUUCUUGGUGCUGUUCAAGCUCGUUAUGGCAAUUGGUGCGAUAGUAAAUGAUCGACGAUUCACCCUGAGGGUCUCAGCCAUCCGAUGGGUAUAUGAGGCACAGUCUUGGGUGGCGCAGCCAAAGUUCAAGUCCCGACUAGAUCUUCAGUCUCUACAGAUCGAUAUUCUCCUUUUGAUCGCCCAGGAACGAUUGAGCAUUGGAGAGCCAAUGUGCAUAUCUGUUGGAGCACUGGUCAGGAAAGCUAUAUGCAUGGGUCUGCAUAAGGAUCCCACUCACACACCCCUAGCGCGGACAGUGCUUGUUGCAGAGAUGCGUCGAAGGCUAUGGAACACCAUUCUAGAGUUGUCCCUACUAUCCAGUCUCACCUCUGGAGGGCCACCUCUAAUUUCAUUAGAUGAUUUUGAUACUGCACCACCAGGGAAUUUCAAUGAUAAUCAACUAACUGCCGGUAAUCCGAUACCGAAGCCAGAAGAUCACUACACAGGGUCAUCCAUUGCGAUCUGGUUCCGAAGGACCUUUCCCAUCCGACUGGCUGUGGUGAAACAUAUAAACGGUCUUGCUUUGUCACAGACCACAUACAGGGAGACUCUGCUACUUGACGCCGAGUUACGCACUGCAUUCAGGGAAAUCGACGAAGCUGUACAAGCUUGCAGGGGUCCGGACAGGCCGGUUGUACCUUCCCCGCCUAAAUUUCGAGCCAUGGACUUUCUGGUACAUCAAAUAACGCUAUCGCUACACGCCCCGUACUUCGGGCCUUCCCUAAAAGAGGCCGCCUAUGCAUUCUCUCGACAAGCAGUAGUGGACUCAUCUCUCAAACUAUUUCGCACCGCAUAUCCCAAAAUCACGCUUUCGGUUGACCAUGAUGGUGAUAUUUCUCGACUCUGCCACUCUAGUGCGGGCUUUUAUCCAAAUGCAACCUUCGAGGCUGCAUUCAUGAUCGCCGUGGAGCUCCGAGCCCAGUUACAUGGGGAUACCUUGGGACCGGUUUCAAUGCGAUCAGAUUUACUGUCUGUAUUAGAUGACGAAGCCCCCGCUUGGGCUUGCAUGCGUAGCUUAGCUGGCGAAACCAAUGUCAAGGGAUACCUGCUCUUGAGGUUCUUGUCGGUCCAAAUCGCGGCCCCGCUGCUUAGUCGGAACGAAGAGAUACUUGCAAAUGCGCAGGAACAGAUAACAAAGGAAGCAGAGGAGACAUGCGUGGAUGUUUUGCAGCGUAUGCUGUACAGACUAGAUCAGAAGCGCGAACCCGAGCUGGUGUACUUCGGUACACUUGUGGAAGGUGGGGAGGAGGAGUUUGAGAGGUAUGAUGAUACAUCUGAGCUGGGUGAGCCUGAGUCCAUGCAUGUGAAGUUCAACGAUGUCAGCCCUGGAUUAUGGUAAGUCCUUCACACCAAGCAGCAAUCGCCUAGCAAGAUACACUUUACAGCUCAUAGCGUGAUACAUACACGCCAUCAUGGCACCGAAAUAGACCGAGAACGGCAUUGCUAUCGUCUCACAUACACCAAUACCUCAUGGCAAAUAUCAUACAUUACUGCUUUCCCAAGCUCUCACCCAACUCCGCAGCUCUAUCCGUAGCCGCCUUAACCGCCUGAUCCACAAUAUCCGCAAAGUUCAGCUUCUCAAAAGUCUGC